AUGAACAAAAACGGAACCGCUAAAAUGAAUGAUAAUCAAAUUAGAGCAGAAGGUAGAAGGUUAUUUAAACGCUUCUAUAACAUUCCUGAUGGUGUUAAUCCUAAAACUCGUAGAAGCUAUUUAAAUGAAGCAAUAGAUUCAUAUGAAGGGUUUGACAUUUCAUCAGAAAGUGAGAGAUUAGCGAGAAUGUUAAAUGUUAAUAUUGAUUUCUAUUAUUGUGAUCCUCAACCAGAAGACGUGGACAUAAAUAAGGUAGACUUUCCAUUAGUGGAUUCAAUAAUGAUAGAUCCAGAAUUUGAAACAAUAAAUAUUUUAUUAACACAGAGUCCAUGUGGAAAACUUCACGCUGACAGAAUAACAGACGUUGAAGCACUCACCGGCUAUAGAGUUUGUCCAUAUUGUAAAGAAGAAGUUUAUUCUAUCCGUGAUGAUCCAGAAAGGAAAAACCAAAGAAGAUUUUUAA